AUGGCCAAAGUACACAAACUCGUCUCUUUGUAUGCCGCCCGACCCAAGCUCGCGCAACUAGUCAGGAGCAUUGACCUUUUCCGGGACGCCGAAACCCACGAUGAGCGCACUUCCGAGCGCAAACGUCGAGUGAAGGGACGGGGUAUCUACAUGCCUAUCAUGAGGUCGUCCGGCAUUACAAGGCGCCUCCAGCGGAUGCUAAAGUAUGACUUGCGUCGAAAGAACGUCCAGGCAGACAUGGCUCUUCUCCUACUACAGAUCCCCAACAUACAGCGCUUAUUGCUAGGAGGGUUGUCACAUGGUGAUAUCCGCUUCCUCGAUCCAGUGUUCUUCAAAACCUCGGCCUCCACCGCAAAUGUAGCUUCUUCAGACGCCCACCGCUGUCGGCCCUAUCUGAAAGAAAUUAUCAGAAAGCGACUCAAAACCCGGUUGAACAAGCUAGAGAUCCCUUUCGGUGGGCUAUGGGACUCUGUCAACGGGCAUCAGACUUUCGAUUUGAGCGAGUACGCUCACCUCACACAUGUGACCACAUGCGUCGAUGAACUGAUGACGCCUAAAUGGACGGCAUGGGGAUCCGAGCCUGACUACGAACUUGGCGUACUGCCGAAGACGUUGACCCAUCUUACGCUCGGAGGUACAUGCUGGGACUUUGACCGUCUCCUGACGCAUCUCGUCGCACAGAAAGCCACUGGAGUAUUGCCGAGAUUGCGCAGCCUCACCAUCUACACCCAUCAUCAAGUGGGGCGAGAGGGCAUGGGAGAUGACCGCGCAAAGUUACCCAACCGUGCGCGAUUGAAUCACACCGUUACGCAUGUCCAGGCACUCCAAGAUGUCGGAAUAACAGCAACACUAAGACACACCGGUCCAGAUCAUAUGCGUUACUUCUGUCGGCUGAACAUGAUCGACACUGGUUAUCGGUCCCGUCAUGUGCUCGGGCAGCUAGAACCUCUAGAGAUGCGAGGGUACUUCGAGCAUUGGCGGCAUCGAGCGACUGAUAUGGAGGUAAGACGACUAGCGCAUGAACGUAUGCUGGAGCAAGAGGAGCAGCCAGAGGCAUAUGAGCCGAGUACACACGGAGAUAAGAAUUCUUUUACCGAUGUCGACGGAUCUAGUGAGGCUGAAUGGGAUAGACUCGCAAAUUUGGCCCUCAAUGACUGA